CGGUCGGGACUGAAGGCUCCCCGGGAGAAGUUGAGCACGCUCGGGAGCCCCUGAGACCUGCUCCUUGAGGGCCACGGAACUGCUUCUGCCGUCUGCCUUUGGCGAUCAUCUUUAACCCCCGGAGCACGUCAGCAUCCAGCCCACCGCGGCGCUCUGCGGUCCGCCCUGGACUCGGGAUUCUGCGAGCCGGAUGGAACCCGAGCCCCUCCGAGGACCGGCCCCUGAAGUUCUGGCUCCAGUCACCACCGCGAACCAGGGACCCUAAAGAAUGGCCGAGCCUUGGGGGAACGAGUUGGCGUCCGCAGCUGCCAGGGGGGACCUAGAGCAACUUACUAGUUUAUUGCAAAAUAAUGUAAACGUCAAUGCCCAAAAUGGAUUUGGAAGAACUGCGCUGCAGGUAAUGAAACUUGGAAAUCCUGAGAUUGCCAGGAGACUACUACUAAAAGGUGCUAAUCCCAAUUUGAAAGACGGAACUGGUUUUGCUGUCAUUCAUGAUGCAGCCAGAGCAGGUUUCCUGGACACUUUACAGACUUUACUGGAGUUUCAAGCUGAUGUUAACAUCGAGGAUAAUGAAGGGAACCUGCCCUUGCACUUGGCUGCCAAAGAAGGCCACCUCCCAGUGGUGGAGUUCCUUGUGAAGCACACAGCCAGCCAUGUGGGGCACCGGAAUCAUAAAGGAGAUACCGCUUUUGACUUGGCCAGGCUCUAUGGGAGGAACGAGGUCAUUAGCCUGAUGGAGGCAAAUGGGGUGGGGGGAGCCACAAAUCUGCAAUGAAUGUGAGGAGAGCUUUUGCACAUUACUUCUAUUGUGUCAGUUAAUUGAUUGCCUGUCCUAUUUUUAACAUCAUUUGUUAAAAUAUAUAGUUCUUCAUACUUUAAGAAGCUAGUUAAAUCUUUGAAACUAUAUAAGUGGAACUUUUACUAGAGUCUUAAUGAGUAUAUUUAAGCAGUAUCUUUUUCACUUGCAAAAUCCUUAUUUCUAACAUGUAAUUGCAAAUAAGUGUUGGCUUUCUUCUGAAUAUUUUAUUUUUCCUUAACUUUUUCCUUGCUUAUCCUUUUGCCAGUCUUGAUCUCCCUGAAUGGCAGAAAUGUAAAAUUACACAAUGUUUAAGUAUUAAACUAAAAUACAAGCACCAGUUUGGGGGGAACAAAGACAUUUAGCCAGAAAACUGUAUAAAUUACAUAUAAAGGUCAUAACUAUUUUAGAGUUUUUGAAAUAAUAAAUGUAGAAACUUUUGCAAUAAAUAAAUAAGUCACUCUUCCAUAUGGUA